GGGAGGCUGAGACACAUCUUCCACCCUUUCUAGGACUUUGGGGUUCCCCGUUCCACCUGGCCUGGGGGCAGGAGCCUGCUCCAGGAAGUUGGCAUAAUCUGCCUGACAGGUGGCCCAGGGUGCGGCCUGAAGGGUCAAGAAACUCCACUAUAUAGCACAGCCCAUGCAUGCUUUCCCUGCUGCUCCAGGGACCUGCAGGCAUGGGUUCCCUGAGGAGCUGGUGGACGCUGUGGGCUGGAACAACCCUCCUGUGGGGGCUGAGCCAGGAGGCCCGAGUGGACCCCAGGAACUCUGGGGGGGAGGAGUUCCUCACGGCUUUUCUGCAGAAUUUCCAGCCUGGGUACAGCACACCCCACCUCUACCUCUUCAUCUCCAGUCUGUCAGAGAACACUGCUUUGGUCUCCAUCCUCAGCCGGGCAGAUGACACUUUGAAGAAGGUCACAGUGAGGCCUGGGGAGUCUGUCAUGGUCAACAUCAGUGCCAAGGCUGAGAUGACUGGCAGCAACACCUUCAAGAGCGCGGUGGUGGUCCAUUCCGACCACACCAUCGCUGUGCAGGCGUUAAACUCUAAGCCCAACACAGCGGAACUGACACUGCUGCGGCCUGUCCAGGCCCUGGGCACUGAGUACUUUGUGCUUACGCCCCCGGGCACCUCAGCUAAAGAUGUCAAGGAGUUUGCUGUGGUGGCUGGUGUGGCUGGGGCUUCAGUCAGUGUCAACCUUAAGGGGACAGUGACAUUCAAGGGCAAAUUAUACCCCGCUGGCAAUGUCCUAAGUGUGACUCUGCAGCCCUAUGAGGUGGCCCAACUACAGAGCACAGGUGAUCUCUCAGGGUCAGAGGUCACAGCCAGCCACCCUGUGGCUGUCCUCUCUGGCCACAGCUGUGCUGAGAAGCAUACAACCUGCAACCAUGUCAUGGAGCAGCUGCUACCCACAUCUGCCUGGGGCACCCAAUACGUGGUCCCACCUCUGGCCUCCCAGUCUCGCUUUGAUCUGGCCUACGUUGUAGCCAGCCAGACCACGAAGCUGACCUACAACCAUGGGGGUACCACUGGCUCCCGUGGGCUCCACAAGGGUGAUGUGGUUGAGUUUGAGGUUCGGCCCACCCGUCCACUCUACCUACAUGCAGAUGUGGGGAUCGAGGUGCUGCUGUUUGGCACAGGUGCCAUAAAGAAUGGUGUGACCUAUGACCCUUACCUGGUCCUGAUCCCAGAUGUGGCGGCCUAUUGCCCUGCCUAUGUGGUCAAGACUGUACCAGACUCUGAGGGGGUGGCCCUGAUAGUAGCCCCGACAAAGGCAGUUGAUGAGCUGACCAUGGAUGGGCAUACACUGGGGGCCAAACUCACCUGGGCGCCUGUGCCAGGCAGUGAGUUCUCAUAUGCCGAAGUGGACCUCGGCACUGGUGACACCAUCCACAUGGCUGAGGCUGCUACCAACUUCGGGCUGCUCACCUUCGGGCUGGCCAAGGCUGUGGGCUACGGGACAGCAUCUGCCUGCGGCCGGACCACCCUGCUCACAGCGGAGCCCUCCUGCAAAGGCGUGAAGUGCGCAGCCGGGCAGCGCUGCCAGGUGGCGGGCAGCAAGGCCAGGUGUGUGGCGCAGUCCACGGCCGUCUGCCUCGCCCAGGGCGACCCCCAUUACACCACCUUCGAUGGCCGUCGUUAUGACAUGAUGGGCACCUGCACCUACACGAUAUCGGAGCUUUGCGGAACGGACGAGACCUUGCCGGCCUUCAGCGUGGAGGCUAAGAAUGAGCACCGGAGCAGCCGCCUCGUCUCCUACGUGGGCCUGGUGACGGUGCGCGCCUACAGCCACUCAGUGACGCUGGCCCGUGGGGAGUUUGGCUUCGCGCGGAUCGACAACCAGCGUUCUCGCCUGCCGGCUUCCCUGAGCGAGAAUCGCCUGCGAGUGUACCAGAGUGGAUCACGGGCUGUGGUGGAGCUGAGUUUUGGGCUGGUGGUCACCUAUGACUGGGACUGCCGGCUGACAGUGAGCCUGCCUGAGAGCUUCCGAGACCAGGUGUGCGGGCUGUGUGGCAACUAUAACGGUGACCCUGCUGACGACUUUCUCACGCCUGAGUUGGAGCAGGCUGAAAACCCCGAAGAGUUUGCCAGUAGCUGGAGGCUGGAUGAUGGGGACUACCUGUGUGAUGAUGGGUGCCAGAGCAACUGUCCCACCUGCACCCCAGGUCAGGCCCAGCACUAUGAGGGCAGCCCUCUCUGCGGCAUGCUGACCCUGUCUGAAGGCCCCUUUGCUGCCUGCCAUGAAUCCCUGGACCCCCAGCCCUACCUGCAAGAUUGUGUGUAUGACCUGUGUGUGACUGGAGGGGAGCGGCUCAGCCUGUGUCGUGGCCUCAGUGCUUAUGCCCAGGCCUGUAUGGAGCUGGGCAUCUCCAUAGGAGACUGGAGAUCACCUGCCAACUGUCCUAUGUCCUGCCCGGCCAACAGCCGCUAUGAGCAAUGCAGCCCCGCCUGCCCGGCCACCUGCAACUCCCAGGCGGUGCCAUCCAACUGCUCUGAGCUCCCAUGUGUGGAGGGCUGCGUGUGCCUGCCCGGCUUCGUGGCCAGUGGUGGUGCGUGCGUGCCUACCUCAUCCUGUGGUUGUAUCCACGAAGGCCGCCCUCUGGCACCCGGCCAGCAGGUGUGGGGUGAUGAUGUGUGCCGCUUGCGCUGCACCUGUGAUGGCGCCACUCAGGAGGUGACCUGCCAGAACACUCAGGGCUGCCCUGAGGGUGAGCGCUGCCGCGUUGAGAACGGCCUCUUGGGUUGCUAUCCUGACAAUUUCGGGAGCUGCCAAGCAUCUGGGGACCCACACUACAUCAGCUUUGAUGGCCGGCGCUUUGACUUCAUGGGCACCUGCACCUACCUGCUAACGGGCUCCUGUGGCCAGAACUCAGCACUGCCCACCUUCCGCGUGCUGGUGGAGAACGAGCAUCGUGGCAGCCAGACUGUGAGCUACACAAAAGCUGUGCGGGUGGAGGCCUAUGGAGUGGAGCUGGCCCUGCGCCGGGAGUACCCGGGCCAAGUUCUGGUGGACGGCAUCCGCCACUACCUGCCCUUCCAAGCCGCGGAUGGGCAGGUGCAGGCGUUCCGCCAGGGCAAGGAGGGUUUCGUGCGCACAGACUUUGGCCUGACCGUCACCUACAACUGGGACGCCCGAGUGACCGCCAAGGUGCCCGGUAGUUACAAUGAGGCCCUGUGCGGGCUGUGUGGGAACUUUAACGGGGACCCAACAGACGACCUGGCUCUGCGGGGCGGAGGCCAAGCUGCCAACGCCCUGGACUUUGGGAACAGCUGGCAGGAGGAGGCCACGCCAGGCUGCGGGGCCACUGAUCCUGGUGACUGUCCCACACUGGACUCCCUGGUGGCACAACAGCUGGAGAGCAAGACGGAGUGCGGGAUCAUUGCUGACCCCAACGGACCCUUCCGGGAGUGUCACGACACGCUGGACCCGCAGGGUGCAGUGCGUAACUGUGUCUACGACCGCUGCCUGCUGCCGGGCCAGUCUCAGCCGCUGUGUGACGCACUGGCCACUUACGCCGCCGAUUGCCAGGCUGCGGGGGCUACAGUGCAUCCCUGGAGGAGCGAGGAGCUUUGCCCACCGAGCUGUCCUCCUCACAGCCACUACGAGUCCUGUUCCUAUGGCUGCCCACUGUCCUGUGGGGACCUCCCGGUGUCUGGGGGCUGUGGCUCAGAAUGCUAUGAAGGCUGUGUGUGUGAUGAUGGCUUUGCCCUCAGUGGUGAGUCCUGCGUGCCACUGGCCUCAUGUGGCUGCGUGCAUCAAGGCACCUACUACCCUCCAGGCCAGACCUUCUACCCUGGGCCUGGCUGCGACUCCCUUUGCCACUGCCAGGCGGGUGGUCUGGUGUCCUGUGAGCCUUCUAGCUGCGGCCCGCAUGAGGCCUGCCAGCCAUCCAAUGGUGUCCUGGGCUGUGUGGCUGUGGGCUCUACCACUUGUGAAGCUUCAGGAGACCCCCACUAUACCACCUUCGACGGCCGCCGCUUCGACUUCAUGGGCACCUGUGUGUACGUGCUGGCUCAGACCUGUGGCACCCGGCCAGGCCUGCACAACUUCACUGUCCUGCAGGAGAAUGCACCCUGGGGCAAUGGGCAUGUCAGUGCCACCAGGGUGAUCACGGUCCUCGUGGGCAACUACACAAUUCGCCUGGAGCAGAACAAGUGGAAAGUCACGGUGAACGGUGUGGACAAGAAGCUGCCUGUGGAACUCGAUGGGGGUCAGAUCCGUGUCUUCCAGCAUGGCUCAGAUGUUGUGAUUGAGACCAACUUUGGCCUGCGUGUGGCCUAUGACCUCGUCUACUAUGUGCGAGUCACUGUCCCAGGCAACUACUACCAGCAGAUGUGUGGCCUGUGUGGAGACUACAAUGGCGACCCCAAGGACGACUUGCAGAAGCCCGAUGGCUCGCAGGCAGCCAACCCCAAUGAGUUUGGCAACUCCUGGGAGGAACCAGUGCCCAGCUCCCCCUGUGUGCCCACGCCGGACUGCACACCCGGUGAGGAGGGCUGCGAAGAGUGCAGCUCCGAGCUGAAGGAGAAGUACCAGAAGGAGGAGUUCUGCGGCUUCCUCACAAACCCCAAGGGCCCGCUGGCUGCCUGCCACAAGCUGAUCGAUCCCCAGGGUCCCCUGAAAGACUGUGUCUUCGAUCUCUGCGCGAGUGGCGGGAACCUGAGCAUCCUCUGUAACAACAUCCAUGCCUAUGUGAGCGCCUGCCAGGCAGCUGAAGGCCAAGUGGAGCCCUGGAGGAGUGAAACUUUCUGCCCAAUGGAGUGCCCUCCCAACAGCCACUAUGAGCUCUGUGCCGACGUCUGCUCCCUGGGCUGCUCCGCUCUCAGCACCUCACUGCAAUGCCCGAGUGGGUGUGCCGAGGGCUGUGAGUGUGACUCUGGCUUCCUUUACAAUGGCCAAGCCUGCGUGCCCAUCCAGAAAUGCGGCUGCUACUACGAUGGCGCUUACUAUGAGCUAGAGGAGGAGGUACUCGUUGACAACUGCCAGAAGCAGUGCGUGUGCCAUGCAGGCAAAGGCAUGGAGUGCCAGGACCACAGCUGCGAGCCCGGGCAGGUGUGCGAGCCCUUAGACGGCAUCCUGAGCUGCAUCACCAAAGACCCCUGCCAUGGUGUGACAUGCCGGCCACAGGAGACAUGCAAGGAGCAGGAUGGUAAGGGCGUGUGUGUGCCCAACUACCACGUCACGUGCUGGCUGUGGGGCGACCCCCACUACCACUCCUUCGAUGGCUGGGAAUUUGACUUCCAGGGCACCUGUGACUAUGUGCUGGCAGCAGUGGGCUGCCCCAGAGUCAGUGCUGAGGGCCUGACACCCUUCACUGUCACCACUAAGAACGAGAAUCGAGGCAGCCCUGCCGUGUCCUAUGUGAAGCGUGUCACCGUCACUGCCCUCGGCACCAAUAUCUCCAUCCACAAGGGCGAGGUUGGCCGAGUCCGGGUGAAUGAUGUGUUGACAGCCUUGCCUGUCUCUGCGGCUGGUGGGAGGAUUUCCGUGACUCAUGGCCCAGGAAAGGCGGUAGUGGUGACUGACUUCGGGCUCCAAGUCAGCUACGACUGGGAUUGGCGGGUAGAGGUGACACUGCCCAGUAGCUACCACAGCGCAGUUUGUGGGCUAUGUGGCAACAUGGAUCAGAAUCCCAGCAACGACCGAGUCUUCCCUAAUGGCACCCUGGCUCCUUCAGUACCCACCUGGGGUGGCAGCUGGAGAGUUCCAGGCUGGGACCCAUUUUGCUGGGACGAAUGUCUGGGAUCCUGCCCAACAUGCCCUGAUGACCGACUAGAAGAAUAUGAGGGUCCUGCCUUCUGCGGCCCUCUGGCCCCCGGCUCAACAGGCCCUUUUGCAGCAUGCCACUCCCAUGUGCCACCUGAAAGCUUCUUCAAGGGCUGUGUUCUGGAUGUCUGCCUCGGUGGUGGGGCCCACGACCUACUUUGCCAGGCGCUGGCUGCCUAUGCUGCCGCCUGCCAGGCCGCUGGGGUUGUCAUCGGGGACUGGAGAACACAGGCAGGCUGUGAGAUCCCCUGCCCUGAAAACAGCCACUAUGAGCUCUGCGGCCCACCCUGCCCAGCCAGCUGCCCAUCCCCCUCUCCUCCCUCCACCUCAGCUGUGUGCGAGGGUCCCUGCACCGAGGGCUGCCAGUGUGACGAGGGCUUCGUGUUGAGUGCCGAGAACUGUGUCCCCCUGGAUGGAGGCUGUGGCUGCUGGGCCAAUGGCACCUAUCAUGAGGCUGGCAGCGAGUUUUGGGCUGAUGGUACCUGCUCUCAGCUGUGCCGCUGUGAACACGAGGGCGGCUCUCUGGUCUGCACGCCUGCCAGCUGUGGGCUGGGCGAACAGUGUGCUUUGCUGCCUUCUGGCCAGUAUAGCUGCCAGCCAGUCAGCACAGCUGAGUGCCAGGCCUGGGGUGACCCCCAUUAUGUCACCCUGGAUGGGCACCGAUUUGACUUCCAAGGCACCUGUGAGUACCUGCUGAGCGCACCUUGCGGUACGCUGCCCAAGGGCACUAAGAACUUCACCGUCACUGUCACCAAUGAACGCCUGGGCAGCCAGGCAGUCAGCUACACUCACAGCGUCACGCUACAUGUGUACGACCAUGUCCUGACCCUCAGUGCCAGCUGGCCACAGCAGCUCCAGGUGAACGGCGUGCUCGUGAAUCUGCCUUUCCAGCCCGGAUCGCACCUGCAAGCAUACCUGAGCGGCAACGGUGUGGUGGUGACCACAGACUUUGGGCUCUCCCUGUCUUUGGACCAGGGCAGCUUUGUGCGGCUGCGCGUGCCAGCGGCUUACGCGGGCGCCCUCUGUGGCCUGUGCGGCAACUACAACAAGGAUGCCUCCGACGACUUAAAUGCAGUGGAAGGAAACCCUGCGGGCUGGCAGGUGGGCGGCGAUCUCGGCUGUGGGGAAUGUGUGCCUGGGCCUUGUCCCAAGCCCUGCACUCUGGAGGAGCAGCAGGCCUUCGCCGGCCCCGACGCCUGUGGUGUGAUUUCCAACCCCGAAGGCCCGCUGGCACCCUGCCACACCCUGGUACCACCGGAACAAUAUUUCACGGCUUGUUUGCUGGAUGCCUGCCAGGCUCAGGGCCAUCAGGGAGGCCUCUGUCCGGCAGUGGCUACCUACGUGGCAGCCUGCCAGGCCGCUGGGGCCCAAAUCGGAGAGUGGAGGCGGCCAGACUUCUGUUCCCCCUCAUGCCCUGUCAACAGCCACUACGAGCUCUGCGGUGAUUCUUGCCCUGUCAGCUGCCCAAGCCUCUCAGCGCCUGAAGGCUGUGAGUCCACCUGCCGGGAGGGCUGUGUCUGCAACUCUGGCUUCGUGCUUAGUGGAGACACGUGUGUGCCUGUGGGCCAGUGUGGCUGUCUCCAUGAUGGCCGCUACUACCCACUGGGUGCAACCUUCUACCCAGGCCCUGAGUGUGAGAGACACUGUAAGUGUGGGCCAGGUGGCGAGGUUAGCUGCCAGGAAGGUGCAGAUUGUGGGCCCUAUGAGGAGUGCCGGGUAGAGAAUGGUGUCCAGGCCUGCCAUCCCACGGGCUGUGGCCGCUGUCUGGCCAAUGGGGGCAUCCAUUACGUCACCCUGGAUGGACGCGUCUAUGACCUGCAUGGCUCCUGCUCCUAUGUGUUGGCUGCUGUCUGCCACCCAAACCCUGGGGAUGAGGACUUUUCCAUUGUGCUCAAGAAGGACAAGGCUGGAGAUCCCCAGCAGGUGGUGGUGACUGUGGCUGGCCACGUUGUGAGCCUGGCUGGAGGGCCGAAGGUCACUGUGAACGGUGAGGCUGUGAACCUGCCUGUAGCUGAGGGCCAUGUGCGGGUGACUGCUGAAGGCCGAAACAUAAUUCUGCAGACAAGCAAGGGGCUGCGUGUUCUCUUUGAUGGUGAUGCCCACGUCCUCAUAUCCAUCCCUAGCCCCUUCCAUGGUCGGACCUGUGGCCUCUGCGGGAACUUCAAUGGCAAUUGGACUGAUGACUUUGUCUUGCCCAGUGGCGAGGUGGCCCCCAGUGUGGAGGACUUUGGAACUGCAUGGCGGGACCCUGAUUCCUCCCCAGACUGUAGCGAGGGCUGUGGCCCCCAGGGCUGCCCCGUAUGCUUGGCACAGGAGACAGCAGCCUAUGAGAGCAGUGAGGCCUGUGGGCGGCUUCGGGACCCGAAGGGCCCCUUCUCAGACUGCCACAGUGUGCUGAAUCCCUCUGAAUACUUCCGCCAAUGUGUGUACGACCAGUGUGCCGAAAAGGGUAACAUAGCCUUCCUCUGCCGAAGCCUGGCAGCCUACACAGCAGCCUGUCAGGCAGCUGGUGCAGCUGUGAAGCCCUGGAGGACAGACACCUUCUGCCCGCUCCAGUGCCCGGCCCACAGCCACUACUCUGUCUGCACGCACUCCUGCCAGGGCUCCUGCGCAGCUCUCUCCGGCCUCACAGGCUGCAGUGUCCUCUGCUUUGAGGGCUGUGAGUGCGAUGACCGCUUCCUGCUCUCCCAGGGUGUUUGCAUUCCUGUUCAAGACUGCGGCUGCACCCAUAAUGGCAGAUACUUGCCGGUGAACUCUACCCAGCUGAUGUCGGACUGCAGUGAGUGCUGUUCCUGUUCCUCAAGCACUGGCCUGACGUGCAAGGCUGCUAGCUGCCCAGAAGGCCAAGUCUGUGAUGUCCAGGAAGGAUCCUGGGUCUGCCGGGCCCCCUCUGGGCUCUGUUCCCUCUCUGUGGGUGGCAACCUCACCACCUUCGAUGGUGCCCACAGUGCUGUUGACUCCCCUGGCAUCUAUGAGCUGUCUUCCCGUUGCCCAGGGCUACCAAACAGCAUCCCCUGGUACCGUGUGCUUGCUGAUGUCCAGACCUGCGAGGACAAUGUCAAGGCUGUGAGCAAGAUCCACAUCUUCUUUGAGGACGGGAUGGUGACUGUGACCCAAAGCAAGGGCGUCUGGGUGAAUGGCCAACGAGUGAACUCCCUACCAGCUGAUGUGCUGACAUCUGUGUCAGUCAAACGGGAAGCUGAUGGUUCCAUGGUAGUAAGCCUGAAGGAUGGGGUCCAGGUGCGGCUGGGAAGCGAUGGGCAUCUGGAUGUGAUGGUCAGUGAUGACCACGCUGGCAAGCUGUGUGGAGCCUGUGGCAACUUUGAUGGAGAACGGAACAAUGACUUCCAAGGGGAAGCAACAAUGAAGGAUUGGAUACCAUCAGACUUCUCCCCAUGUGACAACUGAUCAGUCAUCCACUAGGAAUGAAGAUUUCAGGACCUGACACCUUGGAGAUUGCAAUGGUUGAAGAAUGCCCUGUGUGCCCCUACCCUGCUCUAUUCCUUUGCUAAGCCACAGAGGCCAAAUGUGAGAGAAUUUAAUAAAUAUCCUAAGCCAAGCU